CUAGUUGCGUAGUCAACAAGUUUAUAAAGUGGGUAUGUGUGGGAGUUGUACUUACUUGUUCCACGUCUACAAAGAACAUAAUAAAACUUCUUCAAAGUCAAAACGUUGGAGGAAAAAGCCAAACUAAUCAUUCGGACCAAAACAAAUCUAACAUAGUAAGAAUACAAUAUUUGUUGUCGUGACGGGCAGAUCUUAUUGAUUUACAAAUCAGAUUUGUUUUGUAUGAUGAACGACUUCUUCUUCUUCUUCUUCUUCUCUAUCUCUCUCGCUCUAAACGGAGACAUGAAGCUCAAGUGAUCCACCGUAAUAUAGCGCAGAAGAGCAGUUCAUAUCAUGACUAUCUUCACUAGAGAUUUCAGCCAUCGGAUCGUAGUAUGUGUUUUAUUGCCACUCUUCCUUUUCCAAUGUUUGCCUUACGUAAUUUGCCAGCACGAGUCAGCAGAUCGCAAUGGAAGAAACAAAGUCUCAUCGAUAAUUGGGAUCGUUUUGCUUUCAUUGUUCCUCUUUCUUUUGGUUUUUUACUGCUUGCACUAUGGAUGUUGUAGUGAAGAGAUUGAGGCAGGAGGUCAUCAAGUGUUGCACACUAGAGUGAGGUGUGGGAUUGACAAGGACGUCAUCGAGUCCUUUCCGACUUUCCUCUAUUCAGAGGUUAAAGGGCUCAAGAUAGGCAAAGGCGGAGUAGAAUGUGCAAUUUGCUUAAGCGAGUUUGAGGACGAAGAGUCGCUACGUUGGAUGCCUCCUUGUAGCCACACCUUCCAUGCUAAUUGCAUUGACGUAUGGCUCUCUUCUUGGUCUACAUGUCCAGUCUGUCGUGCAGAUUUGUCUCUGAAACCCAGUGAGAGCUUUCCAUAUCCAAGCAUGGAUAUUGAAACCGGAAAUGCAAGGAGAGUUGUUCUUGAAUCCCCCAACGAGAUAAGCUUGACAGGUAACAGUGUGACAUGGAACGAUAAUGCAAAUUAUAGAACACCUCGGUCGAGAUCUACAGGGUUAUUGUCAAGCUGGCCUGUGGCUGAGAUAUUCUUCCCUCGAUCUCAUUCGACUGGACAUUCACUGGUUCAACUAGGUGAGAAUAUAGAUCGAUUCACAUUGCAGUUACCGGAGGAGGUACAAAGAGAAUUGGUUAGCCUGAAUCUGAUAAAGAGAGGCCACAUAGCCUUACCUCGAGCCAGGAGUUCUAGACAGGGCUACAGGAGCGGAAGCGUUGGGAACGACAGAAGCGGUUUCUCUCAAGGACAGCAAACACUCAGUCGAGCCAUAUCUACGUCGCUCUCUUUCUCUUUUCAACCUGCUCCUAUUCGGUCUACACUUGGCAGGGACAAUCUAAUACUAGAGACUUCACAAGCUAAUGACGACGAUUUUGGUGAACGGUCGUUCCAGCGCCUCAUGCCAGAGAUAAUCUAAUAUAUUUACAAUAUUUUCCCC